CUCAAAGGACACAGUGAGCUUGCAAAGAGAAAGCAGAAGCGCCAUCACACCGGUCUCCAGUCAUGGAACAGCUCCAGCUGCUGCGGUUCUUGCUGCUGUGCCUGCUGGCCCAUCAGCAGAUUGAGGCCAUGCCCCUGGGCGGCCAGUGUGUGGACGAAUCCUUAUGCACGUACAGCCUGCAGGACUACUACAGCCAGCUGGUCAACCUGCCCAGCCGCAUCAACGAGCGCAGCAUCGCCCCCUGGAGCUACGUGGAGAACAUUGACUUGAAUCGGGUGCCUCAGGUCCUCCAUGAGGCCAGCUGCCACUCCUGCAGGGGACUCAACAACGAAUUUGGUCUGGAAAGCGUCCCGGUGACCCUGAGGAUGCCCGUGCUCAAGAAGAGCUCCCACUGCUUCCCAACCACCACCUACUCUCUGGAGUUUGAGCUCGUCACCAUAGCGUGCAUGUGCGCCGUCUCCAGGUACAGCUGAGAGGGACGGACUGCUCCGAUGUCAGCGUAAAACGUCUGUGUGUGUUGACAAUGUGCAUGGAAUAAAGACUGUAGUUUCUGAGACAUAACAUUGAUUGUUACUGUUGUCUAGACCCUUCAUCUUAAAGAAAAACUUCGCUACCUAGAUUUCUUUUUUUAAUCCUCCAAAGACAUUACCCUUUAGCUAAUGCAACCACUAGUGCUCAUGCUAAUAGAUAGCAUGCUGACUACAAUUAUGGGUUAUGGUAAUGUUGAUUAGUUAUUUGGUACUAGAAAUAGUGGUCGGUAAAUAUUAAUUUCGAUAAAAGUAGUAAAUAGUUGAGUUAAAACCCCUGAUAUAAAAGGUAGGGGAAUCACUGAACCAAUGUAUAUAAUGAUAAUCAUAAUAGUAGACCUUCGAGUAAAGUACACAUCAUAUUGUGCUAGUUUUACCAUGUAAACAUAUAGACAUCCCAGCCAGAGCCUGUAGGUCCAAAUAGAUGGUCUUUUCUUACUGAAGCCUCACCAGAAAGGAUGAAACUCAGUAAAACAAAGUAGACUGAAAGUAAACACCCAUAGGAGCCCACAGCUGAUCAACCAGAUGAAAAAAAGAGAAAUAGCCUGUCACUUCUUUUAGAAUUAACACUGGUAUACAGUGGCUACAGCUGUUUUAGUGGUGCUCAUACUUUGGUUAAGUAAUAUAAUUAAACACUUAAAAAGCACAUUUCCUAUAUUUCUAUUAUACUUUUAAUGAUCCUGGCUCCCAGAUGGUGGAAUGAGCUCUCCGAUGACAUCAGGACUGCAGAAAGCCUCGACAUCUUCCGCCGAAAACUCAAGACACACCUCUUUAGACUCUACCUUGACUAAAACACUAGCAAACUGUAGCACUAACAAAUUGUAGCACUUCAAUUGUACUUAUAAUGCCACUUAUCCAUAACAUGUUUUGAAACUGCUUAUUUAAUGAAAAAUGUACUUUCUUGUUACUUGUUUUCUGAGUUUGUAUCUAUGUGGAAAUGCACUUAUUGUAAGUCGCUUUGGAUAAAAGCCUCAGCUAAAUGACAUGUGAUGUAAUGUGAAUUAUUUCUCAUCUAUACUUGGAUACCUUUGCUUAAGUACAUGUUUGA